CUAUGUAUGUACGUAUGUAGGGUUACAUGCCGAAACUUUCCAGCUGAUAAGCGCUCAGAGCUCCAUUGAUAAGUUGCAGGAACAUGACCCGGCUAAUUAAAUACAACUAAUUUAGCCGGCAAUCUCUGAUGGGGCCACAUAUAAAGGGCUAAGCACAGGUGGGGAAUUGUCGCACACAAUGGGCAAAUCUUUAGGCAUUGACAUCCGAACGUUGAUCGUUGCCCUGUGGCUGGGCAGCGUUUGGCUCAUCGCAGCCGAUGAUUUCCCGGAAUGCAAUGGCAUCGAGGCCGGCACCUACAUCAACAAUCCGCGUCCCAGCUGCAAUCACAGCCUGAUCUACUGCGACGAGGACAGCUCCCAGUUCUGCGACAGCGAGGAUUUGUGCGACUUGAGCUACACCUGCGAUGGGAAUGAUGCGAGUACUAGCUACACUGACAGCUACAGCAGCACUACCAGCAUCACGAGCAGCACUACCAGCACUACCACAACUGCAGUACCCGGCACCGAUGUGCGUAGGCUGUGCCGGCGCGGUGUGACGCAGAAGUACGCGUAUCCGGGUAAUUGCAAUUACUACUACUACUGCGUGGAUGGCUAUCUGGUUGUGGAGCAGUGUCCCAUUGGCUAUGCCUACAGCGAGCAGCUCGGCACGUGCAGCGGACGCAUCGCGGAUCAGCUGCCGCGAACAUGUUUCAAUUAAGACUCUCACUUGUCACCUGUGGCAAUUUCUCGAUGCUUCUGUUGUUCUUUUAAUUGGCAAUUAUGACAGCAAUUAAUACAAAAUAAAACUGUGAGCUAAUCACCUUA